AUGAGUGAGAAAGACGACAUCGGCGGCGAACCGACAGCACCGUCGUCUGCACCUCAAGAGAUUGCUUCGCCAUACUCACCGACGAUUGGAGGCCUUCUCCAAUCGUGCGGCCCUCCUCCUAGCAAGAUGUUUAUCAUUGAUACCGAUGACGACGAAAUGGAAGCAGACUCUGCGCAAAUUGAACCACAGAAUGAUUUUUCUGAUUGUGACGCCAGAUCACAUGAGGAUUUUGACGAAGAAGCAUGCGACAAUUGCAAAAAUAUGGAGCUGACAGCAAGAAAGGCUUACGAAUCGUUGACUUCUUACAAGAAACAAAUCGAUAAAUUCACUUCGUUUGAGAAGGAAAAUCAACAACUCCGGAACAUCUAUAGUGAGAAUGCGACAUACUUGGAGGAAUUGCUUAAGACGCAAAAGGAGCUUGAAUCAAAAAAUACUCAAAUGGAAGCAGAAUUGCAAUAUGAGAAGAGACAAGCCGAAUCGCAUGAGGCUCAGAUUAAGAAAGCGUAUUCAAUGCUUCAAGAGAACCAGGCUCAUCUAGCUGCCGCCAACGAAUGGCGAGUCAAAUAUGAUGCGUCACAGGAAACCUUAAAACAAGUUCACGAAAUGAGAAAGACGUACGACGAAAAAAUGUCUGACACUCUCAAAGUGGCUCAGGCUUUGCAAACACAACUUGGAAGAGCUGAGAGGAAAGUUGAAAAACUUACGGAUGAGACGAAUGGCGUGCGAGCUCGUUUGAAAUAUAUUUCGGAUUACAUGCCUCUACUUUUAUCUGCUGUUGAUCUACUUUUAACAAGGUUUCCCCAGGAGCCUGAAAUUCGACAAAGAUACACAAGGCUUACUGAGCCUGACGUUCGUGUGGUUCUCAUGGGAAAGCGGAUCACCAGCAAAAUUUUGGAACAUGCAAUUGCUCAAGGAUCUACAACUUGGAUACAAGAUGUGGAUAAUCCGGAAUCGGCUGAAAUUGAGGACAGUCUGGAUCAGGAUUUGAGAUUGAGCGAAUCAGAGGAUGACGCGCUUGAGACUUCAUUUGACACGAAAAGUGGCUUCUCACAAAAGUUGCCCGCGAGAGCGUCACAACCAGCUCGAACACUGCAAGGCACAAAGAUUGAACGAAAGUCUCCCAAGAAGCUUUUCUCAAAGAGCAAUGAUGCGAUUGAAUCAGAGGAUGACGCGCCUGAGACUUCAUUUAACACGAAAAGUGGCUUCUCACAGAAGUGGCCCGCGAGAGCGUCACAACCAGCUCGAACACUGCAAGGCACAAAGAUUGAACGAAAGUCUCCCAAGAAGCUUUUCUCAAAGAGCAAUGAUGCGAUUGAAUCAGAGGAUGACGCGCUUGAGACUUCAUUUGACACGAAAAGUGGCUUCUCACAGAAGUGGCCCGCGAGAGCGUCACAACCAGCUCGAACACUGCAAGGCACAAAGAUUGAACGAAAGUCUCCCAAGAAGCUUUUCUCAAAGAGCAAUGAUGCGAUUGAAUCAGCGGAUGACGCGCCUGAGACUUCAUUUAACACGAAAAGUGGCUUCUCACAGAAGUGGCCCGCGAGAGCGUCACAACCAGCUCGAACACUGCAAGGCACAAAGAUUGAACGAAAGUCUCCCAAGAAGCUUUUCUCAAAGAGCAAUGAUGCGAUUGAAUCAGAGGAUGACGCGCCUGAGACUUCAUUUAACACGAAAAGUGGCUUCUCACAGAAGUUGCCCGCGAGAGCGUUACAACCAGGGCGAACACUGGAAGGCACAAAGAUUGAACGAAAGUCUCCCAAGAAGCUUUUCUCAAAUGCGGACAUUAUAUUACCAAAUACUAGCACUGUCAAGCUUUCAGUGAGCAAUGAUGCGGUUGAGACAGAUGAAACACCUAGCACAAUUCAUGAAAGAAAGACGGAGAUUGUUCGGAGACAAACAGGACUACCAGAAGCUGUUAAGAACAACUUAAUCAUUCGCCCACGAUCUAUAAUGACGCUUCAUUCUCCCACGACUUCAAGGGCAAUAAAAAGAAACACGACAUUCUUGAAAGCUCAACCAUUGGGUACUCCUAUUCCCAGUAAGCCGAAAUCCGAGACUACUCGAACAAGUGUCGCGGGCUUGGAAUCAAGUGCAUCAAGUGAUGAUGAUGAAUUGUUUGAUACGAUCUCUCCAAGUAAAAUAUCUACAAAUGAAAAUGUGAAAAAUAUCAGCUCACUCGAGCACGCAGAAGGUGACCCGACUGACGUACAUGGAGUUACUAGCACAAUUCAUGGAAGAAAAACGAGGACUGUUCGUGAACAACAACAAAAGAUGGGCAACAUUUCCGAUCGAAUUGCUAAACUCAAAGAAGAUCCAACUUUUGCAAAAGCGACCGUUGAAACAAAGGAAAUGCCAAAAGAUGAUAAGAACAACUUCACCAUCCUUCCACGAAUUCGGCGAUCCGCAACCAUGGCCAUGAAUGCACCAAAGUCAAGAGAAGGGGCAUCUGUCUCAUUUGAAUCUCCGCCGUUGGAUACACAGAUCGUCAAUAAGCCUGAAAAUGAGGGAGCCACAGGAUCGUUCGAAGGAAUGGCUUCUCAAGUCAAUGAUGUUUCCCAGCAGGACAAUCUGGAUCAGGAUUUACGAUUGAGUGAAUCAGAAGAUGAAGAUAUACCUGAUAUGCCAUCUGGCACGAAAAGAGUGUCCUUCUUUGUGAAACCGGUUGAACAAAGAUCUCCGGAGAAACUAUCUGCACCACAAGAUAUAAAUACGCCAAAAAGCCCAAGUGAAGCUUUGUCUACAGAAGAAAGUAAUUCAACUAAAACGCCUGAAACAAUCAAGACGACGCGUGAACGGAAAGCUAGGACGCCUAGUGGCCAACCACAAAUCACGAGAAAUGUUUCAAAACGAGUUGUCAAACCCGAAGAGGAUGCAAAAGCGACUAAUCAAACGAAAGAAGUCCCAAAGGAUGUUAAGCAAAACGUUGUCACUACUUCCCGACCAACUAGGGCUCUUCGAGCUACAACUAUUGCGACUACAACUAAAACACCAAGAUUGGUGAGAAAAAGAAACGCCGCAUGUAUAGAUGCUCAGCCCUUGGAUGCUCCUAUCACCAAUAAACCGAAAUAUAUGAAUACGCCUGAAAGCAUCGCUUCACAAAUUGAGGAUAUGUUCAAAAAGGUUGCCGAUGGAGUGCCAUUAAAAAAAGCCUCGGGUGCUUUAGCGGUUGAUUUGGAUGAAGCUGCGAAAAUAUUGGAUCCGCCUGCAAUUGCUACUUUAUUCAUCCAGGUGUUAAAUGUUACUGAAGUUGGCAACCUUUGGCUUUCAUUGACAAAGUCGCUCAAUGCAUAUCGGAAAUCAAACGAGGCUAAUGAUCUUAAUGAUGCAUUUAGGCACACGACAGCUAAGGUUGAAUUGGAAUUUAUCCAAGUGAUUAAUCAAAUGGAUCUCGACGGAGAGCUUUUUAACGAAACAUUCAACCGCGUUUGUACCUUGAUUUUUUGCCAAAAGCAACCUACGAUAACUCAGUUUUGCCGAAACGUUCGUGUUGCUUUUCUACUGCUUCAUUUCAACCAGGUUUUAUCGAAUGAAGAAAAAUUGAUUCGGUCUCGCAAAUUGGUCGAGUUUAUGCUUUAUGAACGAUCGGCGGAUCUCGCUUUAUCAUCGCUCUGUUUCCUUUGUUUCAAUGAAGGGCACAAAUUGCUUGAUUGGUUGAGAGGAGAUGAUAUUGAUGCCGUUCAACGUCAAAUUUGUUCACUUUUGGCCAAUCGUUCAAAUAAGACGCAAGAUUAUCUCGAUAUUUUGUCAUUCAUGUUCCCGAACGUAAUCCUUUCGCCACUGGACACUGAAGUCUUUUUGCAAAGCUGGAUAAAUGGUCUGAAGGCGCUGGAUGAAGAAAUUGCCAAUAAACCAACGGCAUUUAAACUGGUUGACGGAAAGUUUGAGGUUGACAAUAAUAUUCUUAAUAAGAUCGAGCAACUCAUCAUCUCUUUACCUUCCAACACACAUACACUACAGACUUUGGGAAUUCCGGAUAAUCUUGUCAAAGACUCGUUUGCGAUGAUUGAGCAGGGGAUUGUUGGCGCAACAAAUUCAACGGAUGGCGGUCUCUUCAGCGACUCGACGAAGUACAAUGUUGAAGUGGACAGCAAGAAGCUCAAUCUCCUCUGUGUGCAUCUGCUUUUGGCCAUCGACAUCAUUGGCGAAUAUGUACGAUCGAAGACAACACCGGAAAUUCGAAGACUUAUGGAAACCUUGAAGCAUGUGGAUGAAAAGGUUCCACUUUUGAUGUCGCGCUGUUCGCAGUCAAAAAUGUCAUCGGAAUGCAUCGCGUUGACAAAGGACAUCUUAUUGAACUGGCAACAAUCCACCAAGAUGCUCACCGAAUAUCAAUAUAUGGAA